UUUUUUUUGGAAAAAAAUCCCCACCGCCGGCAGCCACUCACCACCGUCCGUCGGGCACCACCACCGGCCGCAGUAGCCUCCACCGCACACCCCGAAGCCCCACCUCCUGGUAUUUUUUAAUUUUUUAAUUUUAAUUUUUUUUUGAAAAGUUUAUGUAAAUGUGUAUGUGUAUGUGUAAAUGUGUUUAUUAGUGUAUAUAUGUGUAUAUAUAUGUAUUUCUGUAUGUGUAUGUAUGUAUGUGUAUGUGUAUGUGGAUGUGGAUGUAUAUAUGUGUAUGUAUGUAUGUGUAUAUGGGUGUAUGUAUAUAUAUGUAUAUGUGUAUGUGGGUGUAUAUAUGUAUAUAGGUAUAUAUGUAUAUGUGUAUGUAUGUGGGUGUAUGUAUAUAUAUAUGUAUAUGUGUAUAUAUAUUUAUGUGAGAGUAUAUGUAAAUAUGUGAGAGUAUAUAGGUGUUUAUGUGUGUAUAUGUAUAUGUGUAUGUGUUUAUGUGUGUGUGUGUAUGUAUGUGUAUGUGUAUAUAUAUUUAAGUUUAAGUAUAAGUGUAUGUAUAUAUAUUUAUGUGUGUAUAUGUAUGUUGAUAUUUUAAUUAUUGAGUUUUAUUUUUAUGAAAUUAGGUCCCGUUGACCGGCCCGAAGCACCGCCUCCUGCUUGUUGUUGUCAUUUUUGGACUGCUUCAGUAUGUCUACACCAGGUGCCAGCAGUUCGAAAAAGAAAGGCGUCAGAGGUAAAUACAAGGGCAAGAAUGUUGAGGAGGAGCUCUCCAAAACACAAUCUGCCAAGUUACCGAUUGAGGUGCACGCAGAGACUGGCACCCCCGUAGGCAAGAACGGAAAAAAAUUCAACAAUAUGGCCAAAUGGAUGACUCGGAUGUCUAUCCCCAUUAAUAAAUUCAAAUGGGAAGAUGUCAGUAGAGCUGACAUCAACGCACUGUGGGAUAGACUUGAGACCAAGUUUAUCCUCCCACGAGAUAACCCUACAUUCGUAGACUACGGUGAGUACGAGAUGUCAAAGGGUUUACGUAUUUGGAGAAGCGGUUGCAAGAAGAAGUGGAUACAAAACAUUGAGGAGCUUGGACAGGAGAGGGCCGACAUGUCACCUCCUGAGGGAGUAACUCAAGAGGUGUGGACUGACUGCAUCGCUUAUUGGAGCACAGACAAACAAAAGGCGAGAGCAGCGAAAAAUAAAGAAAGUCGGGGUAAGAUGAAAUUUUUAGGAGGCUGGGGCUCCAAGCCCAUUGUUUCACAUGUUGUCGAAGGGGCUAACCCCGACACAGGAGAACUGCCAACUGCGGUGGAAACUUUUCAAAAGUUUCACCAUAAAGGCAACGAUUGGCGCAACGAGUUCGCGCAACAAGCUUACGAGCAAAUGGUUGAAAUAGCGGCAACUCAACCAGCGCCCACUUUGCGGAUGAGCCCGAAGAGCCCGCUCGUCGAUCCUACACGCACCCCCGAGACUUACCUGUUAUGA